AUGCAUAUCAACGAGAUGAUCGCCGACGCGGAAAGGACCGGUCAACCGUCCUUCUCCUUCGAAUUCUUCCCCCCGAAGACCGCCCAGGGCGUACAAAACUUAUACGACCGCAUGGAGCGCAUGUACGACUUCGGCCCCAAGUUCAUUGACAUAACUUGGGGAGCUGGUGGCCGCAUUGCCGAGCUGACCUGCGACAUGGUCUUACAAGCCCAGACCUUCUUUGGCCUGGAGACUUGCAUGCACCUGACCUGCACCGAUAUGGGCGAGGCCAAGGUCAACGAAGCACUGCAGAAGGCCUACAAGGCCGGCUGCACCAACAUCCUUGCGCUUCGAGGAGAUCCCCCUAGAGAGAAGGAGAAGUGGGAAGCCACAGAAGGCGGGUUCCAAUAUGCGAGGGACCUGGUGGCCCACAUCCGAAAGUUGUACGGAAACCAUUUCGACAUUGGUGUUGCUGGAUACCCCGAAGGCUGCGACGACAACAAGGACGAAGAGUUGCUCCUGGACCAUCUAAAGGAAAAGGUUGACAUGGGCGGCACCUUUAUUGUGACCCAGAUGUUCUACGACGCCGACAACUUCGUACGAUGGGUAGGGAAAGUGCGGGAAAGGGGCAUUAGGGUGCCCAUCGUACCAGGAAUCAUGCCCAUCGCAACCUAUGCCAGUUUCAUGCGACGCGCCUCCCACAUGAACUGCAGAGUUCCCGAUGAUUGGAUGGCUACCUUGGAACCCAUCAAGAACAAUGAUUCGGCCGUUCGAGAAGCUGGCAAGACUCUGGUCGCGCAGCUGUGUCGGAAGAUCAUGUCGGCUGGCAUCGUCCACCUCCAUUUCUACACCAUGAAUCUCGCUCAAGCUACCCGUAUGGUACUGGAGGAGCUGGAUUGGAUGCCUACUACGACACGACCACGCACCCAAGCUUUGCCAUGGAAGCAGUCGCUCGGAUUCGGGCGACGGGAGGAAGAUGUUCGGCCAAUUUUUUGGCGAAAUCGGGGCAAGUCUUACAUCUCGAGAACACAGGACUGGGAUGAAUUUCCGAACGGCAGAUGGGGCGACUCGCGCUCGCCUGCUUUCGGUGAACUGGACGCAUAUGGCAUAGGCCUGACAGGCACGAACGAGUCCAACCGGGAGAAAUGGGGCGAGCCCCAGACCGUCAAGGAUAUCGCCAACCUGUUUGUUCGAUACCUGGAGAAGGACCUGGAGUCGUUGCCCUGGAGUGAGGCACCUCUCACAAGUGAAGCCGAUUCCAUCAAAGAAGACCUCAUCAAACUCAACCAACGGGGCUUGUUGACUGUCAACUCCCAGCCCGCGGUCAACGGUGUCAAGUCGACACAUCCCGUGCACGGAUGGGGACCCCCUCAUGGAUAUGUCUACCAAAAGUCUUACUUGGAAUUGCUGGUGGCGCCGGAACUAUUUGAGGAGAUCCUGCCACGGAUCCAUGCUCACCCGGACCUCUCUUACUAUGCCGUCACCCGAUCGGGCACCUACAAGUCAAAUGCACCGUCGGAGGGGCCCAAUGCUGUCACAUGGGGUGUCUUCCCGGGCAAAGAAAUCGUCCAACCCACCAUUGUGGAGAGCAUCAGCUUCUUGGCCUGGAAAGACGAAGCGUUCCGGCUAGGCAUGGACUGGGCUCACUGUCACGAUGCCAAUACCCCAAGUCGGGUUCUAAUCGAGAAGAUGAUGAACGAUUGGUACUUGGUUAAUAUUGUGAAUAACGAUUUUCACCAACCCAAGACGAUUUUCGAACUCUUCGAUGGGCUAGCUGUCAAGGACCUUGACGUGCCUGUGUCUGUUCCAGCUCAGGUUCCGGAGUCGCAGGUCAAUGAAGCAGUCAAGGUGACGAACGGCGUCCCCACCAACAAUGGGAAUGGCGUCGCAGCUUCUGCGUGA